AUGUCCACAAACGGCGAAAGCCCAGCACCAGAGGCUGCCGCCGACUCUAGAGACCCCAGCGGCUUUCUCAGCGAGAUUAUUGGCGCCCCCGUCACCGUCAAGCUCAACUCUGGCAUCAUCUACAAAGGCGACCUUCAGUCAGUCGAUGGCUACAUGAACAUUGCCCUUGAGCGCUGCAAGGAAGUCUCAGACGGCAAGGUCACGCGCAACUGGGGCGAUGCCUUUGUCCGUGGAAACAAUGUCACAUAUAUUUGCGCAGACAACGCAUGA